AUGAACAUGAGAGUUUUCUUCAAGAGUCUGUUGUCUUUACUGGGAUUUUUCUCAGUUCAGACGAAAGCAGAAAGUGAAGUGAACAUAGCAAGUUGGGGAACAGCCAAUCAAUCGACAACAUUUUACAGCGAUUAUUAUGAAUGGCGUGCCCAAAACGCUCUCGAUGGGUUGAACAACGUCUGUACUCGUACAGAAGAACAAAGUGACCCGUGGUGGAAGCUGGAUCUGAAGAAGACGUACAGUGUGAACAGAGUGACCAUCACUAACAGAUUCAUCUGCUGUGUAAACUGGAUAGAUGGGGCAGAGAUUCGGAUUGGAAACGAUUCUUCAGAUGUUUUCAGCAACCCAGUAUGUGCUGUAGUUUCUUCUAUUCCAGCAGGGGCAACCUACAGCUUCUCGUGUCCUGGGAUGGAGGGGCGCUAUGUGAUUGUGAAUAUUCCUGGAACUUCAAAGACUGUUACUUUCUGUGAAAUGGCAGUCUAUGUGAUUUUUCCAGGUAAUUUGGCAACAGGAAGAACCGUCAUACAGUCGUCAACCGAUGGCCUCUGGUUUGCUCAUCAGGCCAUUGAUUUCAAUCCUGGCUUCACAAAUUCAUGGUCAGCGUGUUCUUCAACCGAUAUUCAGACUAACCCAUGGUGGAGGGUGGAUCUGGGUUAUAUUUACAGAGUAAGCAGAGUUGUCAUCACAAACAUACCAGACUGCUGUCCAGAGAGAAUAAACGGAACGGAGAUUCGCAUCGGAAACUCUUUGGAGAACAACGGCAACAACAAUCCCACAUGCGCUGUGAUUUCUAGCCUUCCAGCUGGUGUUUCCUCCACUUACACAUGUAACAAUAUGGAGGGUCGAUAUGUGAAUCUCUUCAUUCCUGGAAAUUCAAGGAUUCUUACUCUGUGUGAGGUGGAGGUCUAUGAAGAAGGUGUGAUCAAACAGGCAGAUUUAGUGUUUUGGGAAACUAUUAACGCCUUCGCAAUAGUUGAACUCCAGCUCCUGUCACAGCUUCAGCCUGCUCUGGCAGAACGAGGGAUUUCUGACGUGAAGAAAGAGAUGAUGAUGGGGGAACCUAAACCCUCUUCAGAUCAGCUUUGA